AUGUCUUUAAUCGUUGAACGCACUCCUUUAAAUAUUCCAUCAACUUCUAAUACUUAUCAAUAUACGAUCGCCACCAUUAGGAGUUUUUCAUCAUCGCCUGGAAGGUUCACAAAUGUGAAGGCUGCAAUAAAAAGAGAUUCAGUAAUUUCAGCUGUUGGAGAAGUUGGAAAUCGUCAAAACAAUUUGGUUAUCCUGUGUGAGUGUAUUGAGUGGAUUAUCAUAAAGAGUAGUAGUGAAACUAGAAUGAUGCUUGCAGAGAAACAGUUGCCGAAAAAAGACGCAGCUUCGAAUCAUGUUUCAACAAAUACAAAAAGUGUAUUAAGUACUGGUUCAAGUGUUUCAAGAUUAGAAAAUAUUUCUAAUUCGGUGAUAUGGGAUUUGCAAUCUAUUACUCCAAAAUUGAAACGAAAAGCUGAUAUCCAAACAAAAUAUGCAAAGCAACUAUCUAAAGAAGGUAUAGAUACUUUUUGUCAAUUGCUUCUUCAUGCAACAAUUUCAUGUGGAUGGUCUUUUAAUUGGGUAGAGGAUCAGAAACUUCUGAUGGAAGAAGUUUGGUUUGGGGUGGCAACAAUAUUUCAACUGAAAGAUAAAGAGAAAUUGGGUGCGAUGAAUACAUUGAAACUUGGUUAG